UAUAAAUAACCCUUCACAACCUCCUCAAAGGAUUGUGGAAAGCACGGUCAAAGAGGAUUUGAAAAGAAAACACCAAGUUCUUGGCUGGUAUCCUGCUCAAGAUGCCAGCUUCACUGCGCAUCGAAAUAUUCCCAUCCGACCUCCAACGGAUGAUUGACUUCUAUUCCACCAUUCUCCACUUUGGCUUGAUCAAGCGGAAUGGCGACUACGCCUACCUCAGACGCGAUGAUAUCUUCAUCGGCGCCAUCGAGACUGCUUCUACGGAAACCCUUGAGGAGAAAGCCAGUUACCGCCAGCCCAACAAAGGGAUUGAAAUAGUGGUUGAAGUUGACGACUUGGAGAAGGAACGAGACUUCAUUGUUGGCAUGGGCUGGAAGCUGGAUGUCGACAUCCAAUUGCAGGAUUGGGGGCUGAAGGAUUUUCGGUUAACUGAUCCUGAUGGGUACUACCUGAGGUUCACGACACACAGCCCGAAUCGCGAUGGGAAAGGCACAUGGGAAACUCAAGUUGACCCAUGAGCCUAGGUAAGUUUCACAUGCGGCAUCUGAGGAUGCUCUCCACAAUCACCAAAGGCAGGCCUCCAGCUGAGAUCCAUACAGGAGGCUGUGCUCUCCCACCUUUCUAAGGGAAGAAUGACGACGUUUGGUGUCGUGAACAGGGGGUUAUCAGGGGGUGUUCGUUGCUGGUGCUGGUAGUGGUGGAUGUGAUUGGGUACGAUGCUCUUUCUGGUCGCUCGUGGGUUACAAGCAAGGGAGAACCCCGGUCUCACAUGGCACAAAGCAUCCGUGUAGCAAGACUUUGCUGGUAAUACGUCAUGAUAGUUGAAGCAAAAGAAGAAAAAGAAAGCCGAGAGUUUCGUUUGUGGUC